GAUAGAAUAGCUAGGAAUCAAAAGCUUUUCUGCAACCAUUUGUUUCUGGGAUGCACAAUUAUUGGAGCUCAUGUUUCUCCUUCGAUAAGGAUUAAAAUGGAUCUGAGAAAUGAACGUCUUUGGAUGUAUAAUCGAGUCAUACCUGGAAGAAAGGGAUUGACAGAUGAAUUUAAGGUUGGAGUAGAUCAAUUUGUGAAUUUUGCUUGCGCACAAGCGGAGUUUGUUGAGAACGGUGUAAUUAGAUGCCCGUGUACCAAAUGUAGAAAUCAAUGCUACAAGAAUCCCAAAGAUGUAAAAGUCGACCUUUAUAAGUGGGGGUUCGAAUCAAACUAUUGGCACUGGACUUGUCAUGGGGAAGAGGUCCCAUUUUUCACUCAAAGCGUGAAUGAUGUGUCACAUAUGGGGGGUGAAGGGAAUAACAUGUACGAAACAAUGGUUCAUGAUAAUUUUGGGAUGAGCUCAACACCUACUCAUCAAAAUGGAGAUUUUGAAGGGCCACAUGAAAGUGCACAAAAAUUUUAUGAGUUACUCGAUUCUGCACGACAACCAUUAUGGCCAGGAUGUACAACAGAUACUGAAUUAUCAUUUACAUUGAAGAUGAUGAGUAUAAAAUCAUCAUAUAACAUUGCACAAAAGGCCAUGGAUGAGAUGUUAGAUGCAUGUAGUCGAGCAAUGCCACUACCAAAUAAGGUACCGUCCAAUUUUUAUCAAGCUGAGAAAUUGGUCUCUAAACUUGGUCUCGGUCAUGUGAAAAUUGAUUGUUGUAUUAACGGUUGCAUGUUGUAUUACAAAGAGGAUAUUGAAUUGGGACAAUGCAAAUUUUGCGGUGAGCCACGUUACAAAGAAAGUACAAAACACCAGUCAAAAGUUCCUCGGAAAAGGAUGCAUUACUUACCUCUAAUUCCAAGACUUCAAAGGUUAUAUGCAUCGCCGAGCUCAGCUAAGCAUAUGAGGUGGCAUGCUGAAAAUCAUCGUGACAUCGGCAUGAUGUGUCAUCCAUCAGACGGUGAAGCAUGGAAACAUUUUGAUAAAACCUAUCCCGAAUUUGCUUCAGAACCACGUAAUGUCAGGCUCGGCUUGUGUUCGGAUGGCUUCUCUCCUUUUGGUAUGUCCUCUAAGUCAUAUUCGUGUUGGCCCAUAAUCGUUACUGUGUACAACCUUCCACCGUCAAUGUGUAUGACAACCCCGUAUAUGUUUUUGAGUUCUAUAAUUCCUGGUAAAAAUAAUCCAAAGGCUCAAAUCGAUGUAUACUUACAGCCACUAAUCGAUGAAUUGAAAUCUUUGUGGGAAACAGGGGUUGUCACUUAUGAUGUGUCGUUAAAGCAAAACUUUGUGAUGAAGGCAUCUUUAAUGUGGACAAUAAGUGACUUUCCGGCGUAUGGGAUGCUAUCAGGUUGGCAAACUGCAGGGAAAUUAUCUUGUCCAUAUUGUAUGGAAUCCACACAAGCUUUUUGGUUAAAGAAUGGAGGAAAACAUUCAUGGUUUGAUUGUCAUCGCCAAUUCUUGUCUAUGAAUCAUCCUUUUAGGAAAAACAAAAACGAUUUUCUAAAAGGAAGGGUUGAAAAGUCAUAUCCUCCUUGUCUAUUGUGUGGUGAAGAAGUGUUGGAGCGUGUGUCAUACAUUCCAAAGAUCACCGAACAGCCCAAUUUAAAGAUGCCGGGAUAUGGGGAAACACACAAUUGGACCAAAAGGAGUAUAUUUUGGGACCUACCAUAUUGGAAAGAUAAUCUUAUCCGACACAAUCUUGAUGUCAUGCACAUUGCGAAGGGCGAUCCACCAUGAAUUGUGGAGUUUCCAUCAAAGGCACAAAUUGUGGAAAUGUUGAAGAUAAUUUUUAUGGAAUGAUUAAUGAGAUUGUUGAAAUGUCAUAUCCAAAUUUCCCAGUAAAAAAGGUGGUGCUCUUUAAUUGUGAGUGGUUUGAUACGUCUCCUAACCGUGGUACUAGAGUUGAUCCAACAUAUGGACUUGUAGAAGUGCAACGCAACCGAAGAUAUCAUAAAUUUGACCCAUUUAUCUUUGCACAUAAUGCGAGUCAGGUAUAUUAUGCCCCGUAUCCCCGAGGCAUAAGUAAUAAAAAUAACUGGUGGGUUGUCUUUACAACUAGACCAAGAGGGACAUUCGACGAUCAGUAUAAAUUAAAUUCCGCAUUUCAACAAUCUGAAAUUCCUUCACAUAACAGGAACAUUACUACUUUGGAAAAUGAUGUUGUUGAUCCUCUAGUGGAUUAUUCACAAGUCUAUGAGAUUGACGCGGAAGAGGCAACAAAUGAAGAAGAAGAAGAGGAGGAGGAGGAGGAGGAGGAGGAGGAGGAGGAGGAGGAGCUGGAAGAAGAACCAGAAGAAGAUCUGGAAGAAGAGGAAGAAGAAGGAUAAAAAAAUAUUUGUCAUUAAUUUUACUUUAUUUUUCUGAUAUGAUACAAUCUCAUCUGAAUAAAAUAAGAAUAAACAUUCAUUGAUAAAAAAAGAUGAACAUAAGCGCUCCUAAGGAUGUUGUCAUUUGGAUACAGAUUUCAUGGUCCUAGUCGGAUCUGACAUGUCUAAGUCUUGUGUGAUUUGAUAAAUGUCUGAUAUAUGUAUAUUUUGUCAUACCAGACCAGACUUAAACAGACCAAACUACACCAUAUAAGACAACAAAAUUUCAGUCCAAAAGAAAAUAUCAAGUGUAAAAAAAUCUAGUCUCAAAUUUAUGCUAUUUCAUUGAUUUGGUAUCUAAUUAUUGUUAUUUAUUUUGAAAAUAAACAACUUCCCCCAAAAAAAUCCGCAAUACCUCAUCCCCUCCUAAAAUUUCACUCCGUACAUCCUCCCUCCCAAAAUGAAAUUAUUGAAAAACUUCCCUCCAAUCUUUUUAGUUUCCCCAAUUAUUUCCCUCCCCAAUUAUUUCCCUCCCCAAUAAUUGUAGCUAGGUUUUAUUCCGUAUUACACUUGCUAUUCUUUGGAAGCACCAGAGCACCAGCCGCUGCAGCUUUACUCUUUCUCGACUAACUCCAUAGCUGGAAGAACAGAUGGUUCGUACUACUAAUGAGAGACAAACUGGGAACACUUUCAGCCAACUAGCCUUGCCACCGCCUCUUAAUACAGGACAUUUAUGGCUUCCACGUGAGGGCAGACCAUUCAACUCAUCUUCACCUAAUAAUACAAGUUCUUCAAGCGCUUCUCUAUCGAGUCAACCGGAAUCUCCAAAUAGCACAUCUACCUUGAGUGAGCCAAACCAAUCCCCACCCUCAGAAGUUAAGAAAGAGAUCGUUCCUGAUGGGAAAUCCGGAUUCAUUCCAUGCUCGGCAAAAAGAUAUGUUAUGCCAUGCCUUAAGAAAAAAUUUGAUGAGCCAAUUCUCUCUUAUAAAGAAGCCUCGCCUGAAUUACAAAAUAUUUGGCUUAAUUUAUUUAAGGAAAGGUAUACAUGGAGGCCGGAACAUGAAUAUCGCAUCCAAAAAAACUUUAAUAGUAAAGGUUCUGCUGGGCUUUCACGGGCUCUGUCUGCUGUUCGAAAGUCAAAAAAACAGCCAAAGUGGAUAAUCAAGUCACUAUGGACUCAAUUGCUUGUCAAAUGGGGUGACAUAAAGUACAUACAAAAGUGUGAAACUAAUCAGAAAAAUAGAAAUUCUGAUGUUGGAAUCACCUUGCACACGGGGGGUUCCAUUCCCAUUACAGAACACAUUCGAAGAUAUGAGGAAAAACAUGGUCUGUCUGCAGAACCAGAUAAGAUGUAUUUACAAACACACACGAAGAAAAAAGAUGGUUCAUUUGUCACCCCCAAAGCUAAGCAAGUCUAUGUGAGUGUAUUAUAGUAUUGUGUAGAUUUAUUAAAUACACUGUAUUUUAAUGAAGUAAUGACUUAUCAUUAUUAUUUCCACAUUUUACAAAUAAGAUGCAGACUUUAACCAUUGUUGUAAUUUGCUAAUAACCAUAUUAUUGCUAUUUAUUGUGAUAACAACUAAUGCGAUUGUGCGGAAUGUGUGUUCAUUGUUGGUUGGAGUACUAAUCCAUUUGGAGUGAUACCGCAGGUAUUAAAUUUGUAUCCACUAGUGUAUUUCUUAUGUCUUUGUCCCUCAAGUAAUUUAUUUAGUGAUGAAUUGACACUAUAUUGUUCUACUGACAUUUUGUAGUCCUUAAUAAUUUUUUUUGAUAUUAUAUUUCAUGUUCAGGAAUCCUAUGAGGAGCUGAAGUCAAAAGACACAAAUGCCAAUUCUAAAGAAUUGCUGUUAGAGGCUGCUGGCGGACAUAAAAGGGGCGGAAAAGUUUCAGGUUUUGGUUCUGCCAGCGAUUACUACUUCCCAAGUACGUCUACUACUGAAGUUCCUUCACAACCCUCAUAUGAUGACACAGUAUGGAAACAUCGUUUGGCUGAAGUUGAAAAGGCCCACAAAGAGCUGAUAGAAUCCAACAAAGAGCUGAUACAAUCAAACAAAGAGUUGAUACAGUUCAAGGAAUCUGCAUCAGUCAUUAUUGAAAAAAUGCAGCGCUCUAUGAAUAUGUGUCAACAAUCACCGCAAGGUACCUUUACAAAUGUGUUUCCAUCCCAAAGUAUGCAUCACAGUUCAAUCAUGGGUUUUCUUCCUCACCAACAACCUAGUUACAUCAAUGUUCUUCCUCAACAAUCUCAAUUCGGACCUUUCAUGAGUAUGUUAAUGCCACAAACUUCACAACUAUUCAAUACCAAGAAUAAUGGCCCGAAUCAGGAAGACAAUGGAUGUCAAGACGAGGAAGAUGAACAUGUUUAGUCUUUGUAUUUCAAAUCAAUAUAUUUAGUUUUUGUGAUUCAGUAUGUGCUUUUUAAGGUCUUCAAGAAUGACUUCAUCACUGUAUUUUGGAUUUCUUUUGGUUAAAUUAUGCAGUUUGGAUUUCUUUUGGUUAAAGUAUGCAAUUGCUAUCAUGUACUUCGUAUGUUGGUAUAAUUUAAAUUCUGGUAUUUGAUAAAUGCUUUGAUAGGGAUCUGAU